UCACUGCGCAUCCGUUGUGCGCACGGGUUGAAAUUGGCACAGCCCGGGAUCAGUUGGGUGUAGCACCACAUUUCCGAGGUGAACAACGUUUGUCUGCGACUUCAACCCCAAGAAAAACCUGCUCCUGGCAAGUCCUCCGCGCCCGGAUCGUGGCCUUCGCGACACCGAGGAUUACUUCCGAUUGAUGGCAGUAUUGUAGCCCACUUACCGGGCCAGGGGAAGCGAUCGCGCGCGGAUCUUUUCCAGGAGGAGUGUGAAAAAUGCUGCGGUUUCUGCGACAAACCUUUCGGAGGCGAAAGGACAGACCAGCGCACGGGGAGGUUCACGUCUCGGGCAAGAAAGAGAAGACAAUAACGUGCAAGGUGAUCCUGCUGGACGAUACCGACAUGACCAUCGAGCUACCGAAGAAGGCCAAGGCCCAGGAGCUGUAUGAAGAAGUCCUGUACCGGAUGGACUUGAUAGAGAAGGACUAUUUCGGGCUCCAGUUUAUGGACGCUGCACAAAUUUCUCAUUGGCUGGAUCCAACGAAAAGUGUAAAGAAGCAAAUAAAAAUCGGACCUCCGUACACAAUAAGAUUUAGUGUGAAGUUCUAUUCUUCAGAACCCAACAAUCUACAUGAGGAAUACACAAGAUAUCUCUUCUUCCUCCAGUUAAAGAAGGACCUUCUGUCUGGGAAUGGCAAAGGGGAUAUUGUUUUUUCCAGGCUUGAGUGUGACCAUACCACUUCAGUGGAGUUAGCUGGAUUUGCUUUACAAUCUGAGCUUGGUGACUGGGAUCCCAACGAGUAUGAGCCUGACAUCGUGUCGGAGUUCAGAUUCGCUCCUGAGCAGUCAGAGGAGAUGGAAGCAGAGAUUCUUGAACAGUGGAAAAAGAACCAUGGCCAGAGCCCAGCCACAGCUGAGAUGAACUACCUGAACAAGGCCAAGUGGCUGGAGAUGUAUGGAGUGGACAUGCACUGUGUCAAGGGAAGAGAUGGGAAUGAGUACUCACUAGGACUGACGCCGACAGGAGUCCUGGUGUUCGAAGGGAAGACAAAGAUCGGCCUCUUCUUCUGGCCUAAGAUCACCAGACUGGACUUCCAGGGCAAGAAGCUGAUCCUGGCUGUGGUAGAAGAUGAUGAUGAGGGAAGAGAACAGACUCACACGUUUGUGUUCAGACUGGACCACCCCAAGGCCUGUAAGCACCUGUGGAAGUGUGCAGUGGAGCACCACGCCUUCUUCCGCCUCAAGGGGCCGGUCGACAAGCCUGGCAGGAGGCAGCAGCUUCUCCGCAUGGGGUCAAGGUUCAGAUUCAGUGGGAGAACUGAGUACCAGACAGCACGAAAUCGCCAGUCACGGAGGACGGUGCAGUUUGAAAGACGCCCGAGCCAGAGGUAUUCACGGCGGCAGAGCUCUAGAAGACUUGUGAGGCCGCAGAUUCUUGGAAGCCCAAUGGCAAAUGCUACAACUCCACCUCUGAGAACAUCCUCUCCAGUCACCACAAGACCACAGACCAAUGGUCCAACUCCCACAAUUGAAGAGGAGCCCUCAGAGGAGACCCCAGUGACCACCCCAACCACAACCGUUGCAACGGCAGUGGUCACCACGCCAACACCCGCCGUUACCGUGGUUACCAGUCCAGCUGUGGUGGAGGUGGACGCGAUCGUAACGACGCCGACGUCACCCGCCGUAUCACCCACGGCAACCUCGCCCACCACCGAUGGGCUGAGCGUUCCCGCUGCUUCGGUUGAUGAUGUGCUGAUAACCUUAGAUGACCCUGAGCCCCAGCCCGGGUCACCUGUAACGUCCGUGUUGAGUGCCUUGCAUGGUAAUGCUACAGUCACAAGACCAGAGGAAGAGAAAGCUGCCGUCAGGUUGAAAGGCAUCUCUGAGGAAAGCGGGGCAAAAGAUGCAGCAAAAGCCAAACAGAAAAAGAAGGACAUUAACCUAAACAACGAGCAGCCGAUCGACAAACUUUCGGGAGCGCGCCCGAUCCCUCCCGACCAGAUGAAGUGUAACAUCCUCAAGGCAAAAGUGGAGGAGGAGGCUGCCAAGAAGAAGGCGUUGACUGUUGCACUUGAACCUAAGACAGAGGUAAAGAAGGUGAAUGAGGUUAAGGAAGAGGUGGAGGAGUCAGAAGAAGAAGAGGAAGAAGAAGAAGAAGUGUGUACCAGCAUCUCACCACCGGGGUCGCCUCUUCACUUGAAUGUGGACCAUGAUGAAAGUGAGGCUCUGCUCAACAAGUCCCAAAGUGAUGAAGAAUUAGUUGUGAGGGAGAAGGAAAAACCUAAAGAGAAGACAAAGAAACAGAAGAAGGAGAAGAAAGAGAAGGAAAAGGAAAAAGAAAAGGAAAAAGAAGAGAAGAUUGAAGAGAAUGGAACAGAUCUGCCAGCAGAUGAGAAAGAAGAAGAAGAGACAGAAACAGUGAAGCCUAUCACGCUGUCACCUCUGGUGUUAAAUGUGGAUGGUACCACUUGUCUGGGUGCAGAGGGGGGAGUAACUGUGGCUGUGGAGAAACCCAAGAAGGCAUCAACAUCCUCAGUGUCUAGCACGGAGAAGUCACCAACUCGGACACGACAGAUCUCAGAGACCUCUGAUCUCAUCCAGUUUGAUGACACAGUCCCUCUGCUCCUGCCAGGGAGCCCUGGCUCUGAACAGCCUGCCAGCCCAGAGACACAUGUGUACACUGAGACAUCCUUCGGGCCCAACAUCGUGACCCGCUCCGCCUCCAGUUUGACCAAUAAGAGCAAGCCAGAGCAGAUCGUCAUCAAGAGGACGAAAUCGUCAGCUGCGGUCAAAACCACCAAACCGGUACCAAGAACCUCCACCUCUUCUCUCGAGGACAAGAAGAUACUUACCACCGAACUCUGACCUGUUACCUCUGACCUCUAUUGUAAGAUAAUGAUGCUAACAGCACAAUUGUAAUUAAAACUAAGGUAACGCAAGAAGGAAGAGGUUUUCUAACAAGAUGCAAAGAAAAACAUCAGCCUUGCAUAGGAAUAAUUGAAAGUUAUAUUUUCUUACCCAUACAAGGUUCACAUGGUAGCUAGUCAACAUUUUGUAAUACUGCAAGAGCAUCAUCAAAAGAAACUCAUUGACCAAGGCAUGUUUAAUCUGUCUUUAAAUUGUGAUGGAUACUACUACUUAAAGUGUGGUUCUGAAGUGGGAAAAUGCAACUUUCUCGCAAAAAUUUUGUCAAGGCUUGAUCAGAUUUUCCUCAUUAGGUAGAAGGGCAAUGCCAAUCAUGAGAAACUGAAGAAUUUAAGAUGUUUCUUCAGCACUUUUAGACUUAAUGCGGCAGUACAAUUUUAGACUUUUACCCUGAAUGUUUUAACACAGUAGUGUUGCAUAUAAGAUUUUAACCACUGCCUCUCAUAGCAGGACAUUUAUGAUAUUUAUGUAUAUUAUAUGUACAGUAUAAAUUCUAAUUUUUACCUUUUUAGCAGAUCCUAAUAGCAACUUGUGUUUUGUUUCAUGAAACUUGUAUGGACAGAAAACUGCAAUUUUAAGAAAAUUGGCAAGAGAUAGGAUAGGACUGAUUUUACCAGGUAAUACUUGCUUACUAAAUGAUGCAACCAUAUCAAUGAAAUACAUGUACUGAACAAUGAUUACCAUACCAUGCAAUUUCAUUCAGGUAGUCAGAUUUUAAACAUUUUUACAAUUUGACUAAGCAAUAUUGAUAGCUACCGCUUCUGGCCAGUUGUUUGACUUUCUGCAGUUGACUUGCCAGCAAACACAGGGUUAUUUAGAAAAGUUUUGUGAUCCUUGUUUGAAAGAGAAGGCUAGAAACAGCAGGGAAUUAGAAUUGGCAUUACCAGUAUGUAGAGUUAGACAUGUAUUUUACAUUAUGUAGAGCAAAGUUGGUUGAUACAAGUUCAGGUAAUGUAAGGACAUCUUCUUCAGUAGGUAAUAUUUUAAAUGGGCAAAUGUUGUGUAUUCAGGUUUAAGUGACUUCUUUCUUGUGAAAUCAGAUGCUGAAGCCACAUAUCCAAUGUAUUGCUCAAAACUAGAUAGGUCUUGUUUCUUUUAGAGACAAAUGCUCUAUUUUGAAACUGAUGUGGUAUAGUGUAGUGCAAGGUAGUGAAAUUACUGAACUUUUAGGGUAUAAAUGAUGAGUGUUGAAAAUGAUGUUUAGCAACAUCUAAUUAUACUGAUUCUAGAACUGAGAAUAGUAUGUUUAAUACAAUUUUCCCUUCUGGGUACUUACUUUUUCAGUGUACAACAUCUAAGUCUCAUUGAAAAUGCUCAUUUCACUUCAGUACUGUGAUGUGUUACUCUCUUUUCACCCUUAUCUUUUGAAUCCGUUAUCACCAUGCCCUGUACUACUUUGUAGAUCCAUACAAUGUACAAAAUUGUUUUCGUUUAAUUCUUUAUUCAUGUGCUCUGACUCAACAAUAUAUCAUGGAAAUAUGUUGCACAUUCCACCACUCCAUAGUACAAUGUCACCAAUGUGAGUGUAAGGGCUCUGCCCAAGUGGUGUCGCCAAAAAGACUUGUCCAAUCAAUUGGUACUUAGUGUAGCAGAGCAUUUCAAAGUAUUUGAGAUCAUGUACUUUCUACUACUAAUGUCAGUGAAGUCUUUGAAAAUUCCCUGCAUUUGCUAGAUUAUCUGUACAAGUUCAUAUACAUGUAGUGUAUGUUCUUUCAGUUAAGUGUAAUCCUUAUUUGUCAUUUACGAUUUUCAGGUUUUAUAUUGGUGUAACAAUUGUUGAUCAUUAGAAAUUAGAACACAAGCAUUAUGUACUUUAAACAUUAAUGUAUUUACAAGGUGCACCCAACAAACUGAGCUAGGAGUAGAAUCCAUUGUUUGUGACUAUGUAUUCAACAUGGUUCAAAUAACAGUCAUGCAUACUUUUGAACA